AUGAGUUCUAUUCAUGAUCAAGAAAAGAGCCCCGAGCUCAUCAAAGAUCCAGAAGUUGUUAGUUCUGAAAAUUCAAUUGCUAAGUAUGACGAUGUCAGUGAUAUUGAUAUUGAAACUCAAGUGCAACAAUUAGCUGAUGAAUUAGGAGUUGACGAAAAGAAAUUAAUGUGGAAAAUCGACCUUUGCGUUGUGCCCCCUUUUUGUUUAUUAUAUUUCCUUUCAUUUUUGGAUAGAGUUAACAUCUCCAAUGCUAAUAUUUAUGGAUUAUCAACAGAUUUAGGAUUAGUUGGAAAUCAAUACAAUACCGCCUUGGUUGUGUUUUUUGUUCCUUAUAUCACUUUUGAAGUUUUGGCCAAUUAUUGUAUCAAACAUAUUAAACCUCAUAUAUGGCUCUCUUGUCUUGUCCUUUCAUUUGGGGCUAUUUCAAUUGGUUUAGGAUUUGUUCAAAAUUUUGGUGGAUUAGUAGCUUGUCGAUUUUUAAUUGGUAUCACCGAAGCUUCUACUUUCCCUUCCAUUUUCUAUUUAUUGUCCACUUAUUACUCCAAAGCUGAAUCCCAAAGAAGAUUCUCCAUUUUCUUCAGUACAACAGCUCUUAGUGGUGCUGCAUCAGGAUCUAUUGCUUAUAAAAUCCAUGAUUUGAAUAUGGUUCAUGGACUUGAAAGUUGGAGAUGGAUUUUCAUAAUUGAAGGUGCCAUUACUUGUGGAUGUGCAAUCUUACUUUUCUUUUUAAUUGCUGAUUUCCCGGAAGAAGCCAAAUUUUUGAAAAAAAAUGAAGCUCAAUUCUUGAAAUCAAAAUUGGAAAUCUUAUCUGGUGUUCCUUCUGGGUUUGAAAUCAAAGUUUCUUGGAAAGAUGUUGCUAAAUGUUUGAAGGAUUUGUUGAUUUGGGUUCCAAGUUUUAUCUAUUUUGGUCUUAUCAUUCCUCUGUACGGUUAUGCUUACUUUGCUGCCACCAUCAUCAACAAGAUGGGCUAUUCACCAGUCACUUCACAAAGACUUUCUGUUUUCCCAUGGGUUUGUGCAUUUGUUAUUACAAAUAUUGCAGCAUUUUUAUCAGACAGAUUCAAAAGAAGAAUGCCAUUUGUCAUUGGUUUAUGUUGUGUAGCAAUUACUGGCUUGCUGAUGAUUUUGGGUGCUGAGAAUGUCACAGUUCGUUAUAUUGGUUGUUUCUUUACUGCGUCUGGUCUUUACAGUGCCAUGCCAAUUGUUGUUUGUUGGGCAUCUUUGAACUGGUCUUCUCAUUCAAGAAAGAUGGUUGGUACAGCAUGGCAAAUCGGUAUUGGUAACAUGGGUGGAUUGAUCAGUAGUUUUAUUUUCCUCAACAAAGAUGCUCCAAGAUACAUCACUGGUUUAUCUGUUUCUAUUUCAUCAGUUGUUUUUGCAAUUAUAUCUGCAUUCGUAUAUUUCUUUGUUUGUUACAGAAUGAACAGAAUAAAGAAAACCGAAGCCUACAUACAAGAAUUUGAAUCCAUGUCAGAACGUGAUCAAAUUAAUGCUGGUGAUAGAAAUCCAAAAUUUGUUUACUUGUAUUAA